AUCUAAUCUAACAACUUCAACCCAAUUCCACACUCCCUACUUCCUCUAAUCACCUUCCCCAGAAUACAAUGCAAACACACCACCCAUCCUAACCACGCACCAAUCCCAAUCCCACCUCCACCACCCAAAAAGAACCCAACCAACCAACCAAACCAGCACCAAAAAUGCGCCUCGCCCACCUCCACCUCCCCAACAUAACCCCCUUCAGCCGGGUCGCCAACAUCCAACAAACACUGACAAGCCGGCUCCUCUCCCAUAAAAAGCACCUCACCCCGAACCCCCCCGACCCAACUAUAAUAACCUUCAGCCCGAAUCCCGUAUACACAACAGGACGCCGCGACCUCCCUCCCUCCAACACCCUCAACAAUGCCAAUGCCAACACACUCUCCCUCCCACCCAGCCUCGAACCAAUCCGCCAGAUCCUAACCUCCCCUCAACCCAACUCUACUUAUGACCCUACCUCCCGGGUAGCAGAAUACCACCCCACCCUGCGCGGCGGACAAACGACCUACCACGGGCCGGGCCAACUAGUCGCAUACACGAUUCUGGAUCUACGACGGCUGGGACUCACCCCCCGGUGUCAUAUACGGUUGUUGGAGAAUAGUGUGAUUGAUGUGUUGAGGGAGUAUGGGGUGAGGGGGAUGGUUACGGAGGAUCCGGGGGUUUGGGUGCAUGGACGACGGAAACAACAUGGAGGGUCUGAGGGGGGUAAAAGUGAGCUGCCGAAGAAGAUUACGGCGGUGGGGGUGCAUCUUAGGAGACAUAUUAGUAGUUAUGGGAUUGGGUUGAAUGUGACGGAGGAGCCGAUGUGGUGGUUUCGGCAGAUUGUGGCGUGUGGGUUGGAGGGGAGGGAGACGACGAGUUUACAAGGGCUUGGGGUGGAGGGGGUGGAGAUUGAGGAGGUGGCUGGGAGGUUUGUGGGGAAGUUUGUUGGGAGAGUGAAUGGGGAUUUUGCUUGUGGGGAAGGGGCGACGGGGGAGGGAAUUGAGGAGGUGUAUAGGGUGAGUGAGGAGGAUUUGUUGAGGGAGGAAAUGGAGUGAGUGGUUGUAGACUUUAUACAAUCGGGGAGGGUGCGGUUGGCAGGGAUUGAAAGGAGGUUCUUGAGUACGCGAGAUACGGCGUGUUCAUUAUCAAUGGUACAUUUGCAUAGUCUAUACCAAUGGUCGAUGCGGAGAUCGACCAGAGCGAAUGAUGGAAUAUAGAUAAGCAGCCAUGGGUGUGUCCCGACUGGCGCGCUUUUCUGGAAGGUAUCCCCAGAGCAAACAUUAGGUAUACAGGAUUACAACAAGGGGUUCAACAAGUAUAUAUAG